UGGUACGGUCUGUCAUUGAAGUGAUCGUGCGUUCACAUUUUCAUACGAAGUUUAUUGCUCACAUGAACUAACUUUAAGUGUAAAACCAACAACGAAGUAAUAUUUGUGCUAUGUUUUAUAGUGUUAUAAGAAUUCAAAAGGCGUUUUUGCAUUUACGAAACUCUGACGCUGAAAAUGGAACAAGACGACGAGAUCAAAUCCGGUUGUUUAUUAUUUCCGCCUGCCGGAGGGAAUAUGUUUAGUAAAUUUCCAAAAAAGAAAAUUUGGCAACAGAAACACUGCAUACUAUUCACAGCCAGCAAACAAGGAAUUGAGCGUCUUGAAAUAUAUGACAACAAAGAUGAAGUCUCUACUGGUGCUAUACCUAAAAUAUUAACCCUUGAAAACUGUAUAAAAAUAACUCAUUCUAGUCCCAACACAAUUACAAUACUUACUAAGUCACACACUCAACAAUUGAGCACUCAGUCUGAGGCAGAGACCUUAGAAUGGGUUUCUGCGUUGCAAUCAGUUGCCUUCAAAGACAAAGAUUCUAAUCCUUUCAGUUGUGACGAAGAUAACGAUCUCUAUUGCUCAUCUGGAGAAGGAGUUUUCUCAGUGAAAAUGUGCCCAUCGGACGCAUCCACAAGAUGUGGUUUUGAAUCCAUCCGAUACCUUCUUUUGCUCACAUCAACUGCCAUAGAAUUAAGAGAUGUGAAUGAUAAUAAAUUGUAUGCCACAUGGCCUUACAGGUACAUACGGCGCUAUGGCUAUAGACAGGGUAAAUUUACUUUUGAAGCAGGGAGAAAAUGUGAUACUGGAGAAGGAAUCUUUCACUUAGAACAUCCAAACCAAUCUGAAAUAUUCAAAUGUUUGUCAUUAAAAAUGAAAACUAUGAAACAAAUGAUUGGCAAUGAUAAUCUCAAUAGUCCUGAGCAUAGUGAAUUUAAUAUUCAGUCAAGUGCUAAUUUAUUCCCUGGCUCUAGAAGUCCUCUUGUUGCAGCCAGGCCUGACGAACUGAAUUUGAGUUCACUGUCAUUUAAGACUGCAUCUGUAUCUGUGUCAAGUCAACAAAGUUCUUGCUCAGAAAGGGACACUGCACCUCUACUUAUGCCCAAACCUGCACUUAAACCUAAACCUUUGAAGCCUCCUCGUAAAAUAAUUAAUUUACCUAAAGGUAAAGAUUCUCUUUUAACUGAUGAGUCUACAGAUUUUGGUAGAUACAAAAAACUUGAUAACUAUGAACCUAUUGAACAAGUAAAGAGGGAACACAGCCCACCCAGCCUAACUGUGCCAUAUGACAGAGUUGAAGUCAGAAAUGAGGCAUGGAAAACUUUAGGCAUUGAUGAGCCUGAGCAUACGGAAUUCACACCAAACUUGGCUGAUAAUCCAAAUUGUAUUAAACUUAUUUCUCGAUCUCAAGACAACUUAAACAUAACUGGUCCAGAUGCCUCAAGAAUUAUUCUUUUGCCAAGUCCAGUAGUUGACCCAGAAGAUGAGAAUUAUGAUAGACUGGCAUACUUUGGUUCUACUAGCAAAUUAAACAAAUCUUCUCGAUAUAAGAAGAUCGAGGCACGGCCUACGACACUGGCUUUGGGAGAGCCAAAGAAUAAAGAUACAUGGAAUGACUAUGAUGAAGUGGAGAAUGUCAUGCAGACAGCAAGAUUAGCUGAUGACUCCCAUUUGGGUUAUGGCAUGAUAAGGAAGCCAAACACUCCAGGGCCCCAAGUACCAACUGCUGCACAAGUCCAGGCUCUCCAAAACCAAGUUGGAUUAGAGGAAGUCACUCAUAGCACCUGCAAUGGUACCAACUAUGCCAUUGUAAGCCGUCCAAAAAGAGUAUAACCUGUUAUAUUAUGAGAAAAUAUAAUUUUUAAGACUGAAAUUUCAUCAGUGAUUGUUUACUCAAUUACUCAUUGUUUUAGGUUUAAGCUAAAGUUUUUUUUUACUAAUAACAUCUAAUAUUCUACCAAGAUAAUUGACAAUUGUCUGUUGAAUUAGGUAAAUGGACAGUUUAUCUUCAUGUGCAUUGCUAAUUUGUGAACAAUUUCAACAAUUCUUAAAUAUGUUCUUGAUAGUUUUAUAAUGAUCUGCCACAUUAACUGUUAGAUUAGGAGUAUUAUAUUCCAGUGAAUAAUAUUUUUUAGCAUUAUAACUUGACCUGUCCAUUACCUGUUGAUCAUUUCCAAGAUGAGAAUUUUUGCAUUCCUAAUUACAUUCUUUAUUAGUAUAAUAAUUAAUUUUGUAUAAUAAACUUUCGCACAAAAUAAUACCUAGUAUUUAUAAGAGAUUAUGAAAUGUAUUACAUAUGUGAUUAUAUUGUGCCUUAUAUUUUUAGAGUAUUUUCAGAUAUGAUUACCAACUGGUGCCAAUUAAGCAAAUAUUUUUAAUAAACUUUACAUGCUAAAUUUUAAAUACCUAUUGUAAUAUAAGUGUUAAAUUAAAUUUGGCGUUCAUAUCAUAGGGUUUUAGAUGUUUAAAUUUUUUUAAAGCUAUGAAUUAUUCAAGAAAAAAUUGCAGAAAAGUGCUAUUUAUUGCAUUGGUGCAGACAAAAGAUUUUUAAUUUUUGGAAUGAAAUUUUAAAUGAUAUGAAUGCAUACAACAGAUAUCUGUUUCUCCUUUAUAUUUUAGGUUGGCCAUAUUUUUAUUAGUAAUCUCUUGUAUUAUGGAUUGAGAAUAAAUCAUAUAAUCCUCA